AUGGCUCACAGUAAUGAAUCCACGGUAUCUGAGUUUGUGCUUCUGGGACUUUCUAACUCUUGGGGACUUCAGCUUGUGCUUUUUACCAUCUUCUCUGUCAUCUAUGUGACAUCAGUCUUGGGCAAUAUCAUGAUUAUUGUCAUCAUUUUCUCUGACUCACACUUGAACUCUCCUAUGUACUUUUUGCUCAGUAACCUUUCAUUCAUUGACAUCUGCCAAUCUAACUUUGCCACUCCUAAGAUGCUUGUGGACUUUUUUGUUGAACACAAAACUAUUUCUUUUGAGGGUUGUAUGGCCCAAAUAUUUCUUCUUCAUAGCUUUGUUGGGAGUGAAAUGAUGUUGCUUGUAGCUAUGGGAUAUGACAGGUUUGUAGCAAUAUGUAAGCCACUGCACUACAAUCUAAUUAUGAAUCGGAGGGUAUGUAUAAUUUUUGUGUCAAUUUCUUGGGCAGUAGGUAUUCUUCAUUCUGUGAGCCAUUUGGCAUUUACAGUGAAUCUGCCUUUCUGUGGUCCCAAUGAGGUAGAUAGCUUCUUUUGUGAUCUUCCCUUGGUGAUAAAGCUUGCUUGCAUGGAUACAUACAGAAUGGAAAUUUUGACCUUGGCUAACAGUGGUAUGAUAUCCCUGAGCUGUUUCUUGGCUUUAAUUAUCUCCUAUACUGUGAUUCUCAUUACUGUUAGGAAUCGCUCCUCUGCUAGCAUGGCCAAGGCCCGGUCCACCCUGACUGCUCACAUAACUGUAGUCGUACUAUUCUUUGGACCAUGCAUCUUCAUCUAUGCAUGGCCCUUUAAUGGCUAUUCAGUUGACAAAGUUCUUGCUGUGUUCUAUACCAUCUUCACACCCAUUUUAAACCCACUUAUCUACACUCUGAGAAACAAAGAGGUGAAAGCAGCUAUGUCAAAGCUAAGGGGUCGCUAUCUGAAACCUGGACAGGUUUUUGCAUUUAUAAGAAAUGUUCUUUUUCUGUAA